AUGUCUGAGCGAAAAGUCCUUCAGAAAUACUACCCCGCGGACUUUGAUCCUCGGGCCAUCGCGCGGCGCGGCGGCUCCAAGAAGACCGGUCCGCGUAUCCAGGUUGUCCGGCUCAUGGCGCCCUUUUCCAUGAAGUGCCUGACGUGCGGCGAGUUCAUCUACCGGGGCCGCAAGUUCAACUCGCGCAAGGUGACGGACCAGGCGCAGCGCUACCUCAACAUCCAAAUCUACCAGUUUCACAUCAAAUGCACCCGCUGCAGCGCCGAGAUUACGUUUCGCACGGAUCCCAAGAACAACGACUACGCCAUGGUCAGCGGCGCCAUGCGCAACAUGGAGCCCUGGCGCGACCGCGGCGCGGCCGACGAGUCGCUCGAGGACCGGCUCGACCGGCUGGAGCGCGAAGAGGCCGAAGCGGCGGGGGAGGAGGCCGAGGGCCGGAGCGCGAUGGAGGAGCUCGAGGCCAAGAACGCAGACGCGCGGCGGGAAAUGGCGGCGGCGGAUGCGCUCGACGAGAUCCGGCAGCGCAACGCGCGCAUCCACCGCUCGGAAAAGGAGGGCGUCGACUUUGCGGAUGCGGUGGUGAGGGGCGAGGACGAGGAGCGCAGGCGGCAGGAUGCCGAGGAUGCCGAAGCGGCGAGGAGAGCGUUUGCACACGUCUCCAUCAAGGCGGGGGUGGAGGACGAGGUGAAGCAGGAGCGGCCGGCGUUGCUGGAUGUCGUGAAGGAGGAGGAGGAGCAUGUGUCACCGGUGGUCAAGACGGAGGCGACUGCAGCGGCGUUGAUGCCGCCGCCAGAAGCGCCGGUGCCGUCCUUUAAAAGGACGGUCAAGAAGAAAAAGGACCACUCGGCGCUACUGGGAAUAAAAAAGAAGCCUACGCUGGUGUAG